CUGCGGCUUCAAGGAGACGUGCCAGAACAACCCCGGAGGAGGGCCCAGUGAUCGAUCUCCUACGCUUUAUCUACACGGGCGACAUGCAGGAGGGCAGCACGGAUCCAGAAGAUAUUAUCAAGAUGUACCUGGUGGCCGACAAGUUCGGGGUCGCCUCCUGCAUGAAGAUCUGCCUCGAGCGCCUCGUCAACCUCCCCAUGACCGUCCCACCGCCUGCCUCUACCUCUCGCUCCCCGACUCCAUGCACUCGCACCGGGGGGUGGCGCAGCUGCUGGAAGCUUCCAGGGGUUUCUGGUGGCGCAUUUUAGGGAUCUGGAGCGGGUGCACAAGGGAGGAGUUUUUGGAGCUGCCUCUCGUGGGCGUGCAGACGCUGCUGGCGAGCGACGAGCUGAAUGUGAGGGACGAGCUGACGGCGUUCCAUGCCAUGGUGGAGUGGCUCAGGCACCACCACGACGAUCUGGAUGACAGGAAGUGCGUGGACUGUGCCUCCCUCCCUCCUCUCUCUCACUCUCCCACUCACACUCUCUAUCUGCCUCUCUUGCCGCUG